UGAAAGGUUUUACAAAGACGUGUUGGAAGUUGGCGAAUUCGCGAAACUUGUCUAUUUUAAUGACGUUUGUGUCGGCGCAGUCUGUUGUCGCAAAGAACCAAUCCCGGGAACUUCACCCGAACAAGCAAAGCUCUAUAUUAUGACAUUAGGAGUUUUGGCGCCUUAUCGUAACCUCGGCUUAGGUACCACUUUGCUGAGUCAUAUCUUACAUCAUGCGGCACCCGGAACGCCGCCAGUCCCUAAAUUCACCGAAAUUUAUCUUCACGUUCAAACCUCAAACGAAGAAGCUUUGGCAUUUUAUAAAAAAUACGAUUUCCAAAUUAUAGGGACGGUGGAAGGAUAUUACAAGAAAAUAACACCACCGGACGC